UAAGACACCUUUUUUUUGCAGGUCGAGGAUUAAUGGCCACACUCUCCUUAAACUCUUAUCUUCUCUUAUGAGCUAAUUUUUAAUUUUUUUUAAAAAAUUUUUUAUGACAUAUUAAUCCCAUAUAAAUACAAGGCUUAUCACGGUUACCAUUUGCUUAUUGUGGUGGAUCUGCUAAAUAAACCGGCCAUGUAGAUCUUCCUCUAUCAAGAAAGAGAGAGCAAGAAGACAACAGAGAGAGAUAGCGAGAUAGAAAGAGGGGAAAAGAAAGAGAAAGAAUGGAUUUUGAUGAUGAGCACGAAGAUCAAGAAGAAGAAAUGGGCAUGCCGGUGCCUGCUGGUUAUGACGCUAUUAGCAACUCAGCUCGGCCAAAAAUGGGUCCAGGUACCGGCGGCGCUGGGGAAGGAGGAGGAGGAGGAGGAGAAGGUGCCUCAACAAUUGCAACAGCAACAAACACAAGAAAAUCCGGCAGCUCAGUUAGAUAUAGAGAGUGUUUGAAAAACCACGCCGUCAAUAUCGGCGGACAUGCGGUGGAUGGUUGUGGAGAAUUCAUGGCGGCGGGAGAAAAAGGUACUUUAGAUGCACUUAAAUGUGCUGCGUGUAACUGCCACCGAAAUUUCCACCGCAAGGAGACUGACGGUGGCGGAGAAGGAAUAUAUCACCACCACCAGCAACACUACCCCCAAUUCUCUCCUUUCUAUCGUGCUCCGCCACCUGCAGGUUAUUUACACCUGACGCCGCCAACGCAGCAUAGGCCUUUAGCUCUACCAGCAGCAUCUGGUGGUGGAGCAGGAGGUGAUGUUGUUGGUGGUGGGUAUAGUAGAGAGGAAGAGGAUGUAUCGAAUCCUAGUAGUAGUGGGGGUGGAGGCGGCGGAGUCAGCGGUGGUUCAAAGAAGAGGUUUCGUACGAAGUUUACACAAGAACAGAAAGAUAAGAUGUUGGAUUUUGCAGAAAGGCUUGGUUGGAGGAUCCAAAAACACGAUGAGGUUGCUGUGGAGCAGUUUUGUGGAGAAAAUGGAGUGAAAAGGCAUGUGCUCAAGGUGUGGAUGCAUAAUAACAAACACACUCUUGAAUCAAAGAUAAAUAAUAUAGCUGAUGAAAACUCAAAGAAAGAGAGAAAUUCUUGCACGGAGGAAAGUGGAUAGACAAGAAAAUGUUGGAGAAAGGGAAGAAGUUAAAACAAGAGAGCAUCUGAAUUGAAGCUGUCGGAAAAACGAUCUAAAGUUCGGUCUCAUGUUAUGUUAGCUCAAGAAAUUUGCUUUUUUUCUGUUCCGUUUGAGGGACAUGUGGGCUCUGUCUCUUAAGAAAGAAAGAAAGAAAGAAAGAAAACGGAAGAAUAAUAAAUGGACUGACAUUACAGCUAAUGGUGUUGUGAUGUUUUUGCUGCAAGCUUGUCUCUUACUCCUAUAUAUUCCACAUCAACACAACAAUAGCUCAAUUCUUGUUCACCUAAUUUCUUUAAUCUACUUGGAUUUUUCUGAUACUGUUCAAA